AUGUCUUUCGGUAGGCAUGCCUACCGGCAUACACUAAAAUCCACUGCCACUCCAACCCUCGACCACCUCUGGAUCAGUGACGACCUACUCGCAGCAACCUUCCGCCGGUUUGCGAACGGCCAGCGUCGCCAUGGCAGCUGCGUCCCUGGGCCUCUGGAGGCACGAAGACGCUUAGCCAAGCGAAGAAACACAGCCCUUGCUGGAUUUGGAGCUGGAUCAGCCGAGGAUAUUGCGUGUCUUUUCGGUCGCAAUGGGAGGGAGCACAUGAAGUGGACCGACCACCCGUGGCAUAGAGCGCCGCUUGAAAGUCAAGAUCUGAGAAGCUACUCAGUGGCGACGCCGGAGGCUUCCUUGCCCUUUUAUGACCAGAACCCCGAACCAGUCGACACCUCCAUCCUCCAUGGCCCUCAACCCAACUCUCAUAAGCCAGCCGCCGCUUCCCAAGCCGAGCUCCUGGAUGAAUUCUUGAAGCAGAGUAACUGGGGACUUGAAGAUGCAAGGGACUACGCACGUCAAUUGAGGAUUGAUCUUCAACGAGAACCCAAAUACAGCCGGCAGAUCUUCGAUGCACUGCUCUCGCGCUCGACUACAGACCUGCAGCAAGCAAUUCAAUUCCUGGACGAUCCGUUCUUGAACACACGAGGCUCUGGGAAUUAUUUUGCUGCUGUGAGCUUGUUUGUACAAGCGAAGCUCAAGCGAUCAAACCGGAUCGCCCUGCUGAAUUCAGUCUGCCGUGCCCUCGAACUGGGGCUUGUCCCGACAGACGAGCUUUGUCUGAUUGUCAAAGCUCUACCGGAUAUCAUCGUCGAGCGAAACCAGACGCUAAGCGAGUGGGACCAGAGGGCACUUUUGAAGCAUUACCGGGCCAUGUGGAAAGCUAUCGGUCGCUGCACCAUUCUUGGUUAUCAUGAUUUGGACAAAGGGCUUGUUGACGCGUGGCUUACUGAGCUUGUGGAUCUGCGCAGCUUUCGCUUUGCUGAGGAGUUCGUACUGGCCACCCAUGACGCGAGCUCUGACAGUCGUUGGCCCGCGACCUUGAUCAUGGAGCAAUUGGAUGAGGUCGAGACAACGACGUCCCUGCCGACUUUCUACCAGAUGCUGUGUGAACUCGAUGCGGACUGUGCAGCCAGGUGUAUUGUCGAAGUCACCGAGUUAUUGGCGAUGCCUGACGAACAAAUCCAAGGUCAAAGCCAAUUGCUAGAACGAUGGCGACAUUGCCUAUCAAAUCUGUCGAAUGUUUCUGCUCUUGCAAACUCGCAGGCAUGGCUUAACUUGCCAUUUGCAUACAACGACAACGCCUUGGAGAUAGCGCAGAAUCCUUCUAUUCAACCCGUCCAGCAACAAAUUAUCCUUCGCCUAUGGGCGUUGCGAACGUUGAGUCGGUCUUUCGGGCCAAUGUACCACAACAGUCCCCGGCCUACCGAUAGACCGAUUUACUUCUUGUUCGGAAUCUAUGAAACGUCGACUAAGACAACAGAUGGGUCCUUCCUGUCGGACUUGAUGCGUGGUAUUCAAACCUUGAACCUCCCGUCUAGUAAUCUGCUUCUGCUUGCGGUGAAUAUCAAAAUGAAGAAAAGCAUCAGCAAGAAUGCCCGCAGGACACUUGAGAAAUUGGAGACAUCGCAGCUUUCUUUGACAGAUGUCUGGGCGGAUCCAUCGUCUUACCAUGGCAUUCGUGAUUUGUUUCAUGGCACAUUCGAGCAAAUGUUCCGCCGUCUUGACAUCACGAGCCCAGAAUCUGCAGACGAAUUCUUACGUCUUGUCAGAGUAGGAGAUUCAAAGAGCAUCUGGUCCGUUCUAAGGAUUCUCCGUAACCACACCCCCUUCAAGCUUUGCCUCAACAAGGCAUGGGUGCCCCUCCCCCACCCUGACGAAAUGGCCCUUGUGCGCUAUCACCACGGGCCUCGGGACAGUCAAAGUCCCGAUCCUUACGCUGCAGCUGACUUUGUCCAUCGACUGGCCGUUGCCAUCUCUUGCAGUCACAACUUGACUCCCUCGCGUUCUUUCCACCUGAUUCACCAUUUGUAUGACUACAUGCGCCGACAUGGUGGCCCUGUAUACCCGUCCCUGGUUCAGGCCAUGUACCAUGCUGGUGUUGUGCGAUAUCGUCGCGAGGGUCGUCGCGUUUCGCCUACGCAGUACGAAUACAUCCUCUGGAUUGUUAGCAAGUUUGAAGGACGCGAGGUUGCCAGGCAAUUGAGCGCCCCGGCGCAGAUUGGCCUGAGCAAACCUGAUCAAGGGGAUGACUACUAG